AUGAAGAGAGCACCGUCAAUUGAAGGAUUCUCCGUCUGGCUCCUUCUUGCUUGGUUCUCGUUUCUCAUCUCGACCGCUCGCGCUCAAGACUGCAGUGUUCUUAAUCAGUGCGCGACCGGUUGCUGCAACAAGGGCGGCUACUGCGGCAUUGGAGAUGACUACUGCGGUGCGGACUGUGUUGCAAACUGUGACUAUCAACCAGAAUGCGAUGUGUCGAGGCCAUGUGCAAAGGGUUGUUGCAAUAAAUACGGUUAUUGUGGUCUAGGGCCAGACUUCUGUGCAACGGAUGUUUGUGUCGGAAACUGCGACAGGAAGUCCGAGUGCGAUCCCGAUGAUUAUGGUGACUUUGCUGAGUCGGCCAAAUGUCCAUUGAACGUAUGCUGCUCAAAGUUCGGCUUCUGCGGGACCACAGAAGAGUUCUGUGGUAAGAAGAAAGUGAAACGUCCUUCUUGCUCCAAGGAUGGGUCUCUCAACCGGGUAGUUGGUUACUACGAGGGCUGGAGUCCUCGACGGCCUUGUCAUGCCUUCUAUCCCGAGCAGAUUCCAAUGGGCGUAUACACCCACCUCAACUACGCCUUUGCUACCAUCGACCCGGAAUCUUUCGAGAUUCUCCCAGCUUCUGACUAUGAAAAAGACCUUAUGAAUCGCCUGACGGAUCUCAAAAAGAUCGACCCGGAUCUGAAGGUCUUUGUUGCAGUCGGUGGAUGGACGUUCAACGACCCCGGAGCAACGCUGACUGUCUUUUCAGACCUCGCACGGUCAGAGAGUAACCAGAGGAAAUUCUUCGCCUCAUUACAGAGUUUCCUGGCCACAUACGAUUUCGACGGAAUCGACCUUGACUGGGAGUAUCCCGUGGCGGACGACCGCGGUGGACGCAAAGAGGACUUUGACAAUUUCCCCAAGUUUAUGUCCAAUCUGAAAAAAGCACUCAGACAAACAGGUGGCCGCGAUGGACUGAGCAUCACCUUGCCCGCCUCCUAUUGGUACCUCCAGCACUUUGAUAUCGUCAAUCUCCAGAAACAUGUCGAUUUCUUUAACAUCAUGACUUACGAUAUCCAUGGGAAAUGGGACCUGGGUAAUCAGUGGUUAGAUCCCGUGUUAGACUCACACACCAACUUGACGGAGAUCACGAACGCCCUUGAUCUACUCUGGCGGAACGACAUCAAGCCCGAAAAGGUCGUUAUGGGCCUGGCGUUUUACGGCCGUGUGUUCGCCGCUGCUGAUACAAGUUGCAUGGACCCCGGCUGUCUCUUCGCAUCGGGAGGCAAUCCAGGAAAAUGCAGUAACGAAGUUGGCAUCCUGCUCAAUUCUGAAAUCAUGGACAUCAUGGAUGAACAGAGUCUGCAGUCCACCUUUGACAAGGAAGCCGCAGUCAAGAUUCUCAAAUUCGACGACACCCAGUGGCUCACGUAUGACAAUGGAGACACAUUUAAGCUCAAAACCGACUUUGCGAAAAGCCAGUGUCUCGGCGGCGUUAUGGUGUGGGCAGUCUCUCAUGAUCUACCUUACGGCAACUUUUCUCGGGUGCUCGGCGAGGCGGCUGGUCGAGAAGUACCAGCGCUUGCACUGAAUGAAGAUAAAGACUCUCUGGAGGUCAAAAACACGCACCAGCAGUGCAAAUGGACCAACUGCAAUGAGGACUGCCCUAGUGGGUGGUCACGCGUUCGCCGCACAGAUGACGGUGCCCGCGAGGAUGAGCACAUGUGGGACAACACCGGAUGUGGAGCAGGGCAGCACACAUUCUGCUGUCCACCUGAUGCUGACCUCCCGAAAUGCGGUUGGUAUACGCAUAACAAUGGCAACUGCAAGUCCGAGUGUCCAUCUGGGUAUGUCGAGGUCGGCUCCAACUUCCAACAUUGCAGUAACAACGCCAAUGACUACCAGGCAGCAUGCUGCACGACGGACACCCCAAGCACUAAGCUCUAUUCGCAAUGCAGCUGGGAAGGGAAGGCGCCCAAGUGCAAAGAAGGCCAGUGCUCCAGUGACCAAACGGAGGUGGCGCUGUCCACCACCGGCAGUGGAGGCACUUACUGCAACGCAGCAACCGUCAAGCUAACUCUGACGGGCCAGGAGGCCACGUACGAGGAGCGGCCGUACUGCUGCAAGCAGGAUGACAAUACCAAGUGGAGCGAUUGUCAGUGGUAUGAUAACGUAGGAACUCUGAUGGACGCCAGUAUCAUAGUCGAUGGGUUCUGCUGGAGUGGUUGUCCGUAUGAUCGAGUGCGUGUAGCUCUAGAUCAGCAUGGCGGUGGGUGUAAAGGCGACGGUGGUCGGGCCAAGUGCUGCGUGCCAAAGUAUACCACGGUCAGCAAGAGAUCAUAUACCGAUUCAGAAAAGAACCUCGAGGCCAGUGUGGAAGAGUUCAUGGAUGACCCAAGCUGUGGGCUAGACGACUAUGUUGUGAAGCGGGAUUUGGCCGGCAUUACUUAUUCCAUGGGCAAUAUCUCGCUGUCCGAUGGUGCCUAUUCCCUGUCAACUCUUGAACGGCGCGCAAGCAGCAAAGCACGCGAGGAUAUGGAUGAGCUCAUGUUCCAACUCUUCGUCACAUACACGGCAAAUGCAGCCGCCCAAGAGAUUUGGAAGAAGCAUGUGGUCUCCGUGUUCCCCAAUCUCGCGGUGCAGACCGUCCGCGCAUACAUGAACACCGCGCGAGAAUGGGUCGAGCAAGGCACAAGAGCGUUCUUGGAUUUACUGGCUUGCAACAUGGCGUUGUUCAAUAGCAAGUUGGGGGAUCUCGACGUCGUCAGCUGCAAGUGCACAACGAAGGAUUGCUGCGAUUCAACCGGUGAGGACGCCUGCUCGGAUGACCCUGACGAUGAUGGGCUCUCCAAAAGAGAUCUGGAGAAAAGAGCACGGUCCAACACGCUUACGCUUGAUGACGGCCGUGGAAAUGUUGUGGUUGUUUCGUGGGAGUACCCACGACGCGGCGCCAUCCCACCCAAUGAUCCGAUCUUGAACGCUGUAUAUGAGUAUGCCGAUGCAGAUGAUUGUCUGAACACCGACAUUGGCACUACCCAAAUCGGCGUCAAUAGGAUCACAUUUUAUCAAUUUGAGCACAUUAUGGAGCUGAACACGAUCGUCCGAUUUCUGCGAAAUGCCCACGCCGGCACACUGCCCUCUGGCGCCACAGCCAGAAACGGUCGCCUAUCAGCCACCUUCGUCCGACAGGCGUUGGAUGCACCGAUUCUCAAUAACCCGCCAGUGAUGACAGGGGGCGACCAAUCGCUGAUUCCCAUUUCGCGCGCCAUGCACGCGUUGGGAAGCAAUCUUAAUAGCGCCGAUUUCACUCUCCUCCUCACCCGCUUGAACAAUGUGAAGUCCCGGAUCUGGAGGGGAGAAACCCCCACUUCUAACACGACGAUGAAGGCUGCUAUCACAAACGACGAUCCCACGGCCGCUUUGAAGUUUCUUCGGGAGCCUCUCACGGUCCUCGCGUACCUCAACCACCCCGUCGUGAAUUCCCGGAUGAUAAGCGCGUCGAAUACAGUCCGUGCCGCCUGGGGCCUGGCGGAUGAAGCGUGGGAGAAUAGCGGGAACGCCGGUGAAUUUGUGCAGGACUGGUGGGACGAAUGGAUUCGAGACAGCCUUAAGCACGACGCGAAGCGCGUGCGUGAAUGGGUGGAAGAGUGGGCGAAAAAGAUGGUCCAGUACUGGGCGGUCCGAACGGGCGACCAAGCGCAGCAGGUGAACGAGAUCCUGGCGAGUCUGAGGAGACUCGCCUCGGACGCCGAGAUUGGGGUUACCGGGUUGGAUUGA